AAAAAGAAAUUGAAAAACCAGCUCAGCUGGUGCUUCCUAUGCAGAAGGUUCCGGGACGCUCGCCCCAAACGCCUCUUUUUGGCCGAGGAGCGCGGGGCCCCUGCGCCGCGGGCAGCCUCGCUGCCUGCGCGUGGCCCAGCCGGACACCGUGAGCGGCCGCCGCGGCCACCAUGGCUCUCGGGGGCGGCUGGUGGCCCAGCUGCCUGCCCGUCAUCGCCUGCCUGCUGGCGGCACCGUCGCGGAGCCAGGACUGCUCAGUGGAGAGGAUGGACGACACCAUCAUCGACGUGAACCUGGCGCUCUCCCGAGGCGUCAGGGCUGCGGAGCCGCUCUACGCCUCGAGCCCUGGCGCUUGCGGACGCGCUUGCUGCUUGGGGAAGGCACUGCCAGGAGACAAAAAGUGCAACUUGAUGAUUUUCGAUGCUCGAAGGACAAGCACACAUCCAAACUGCUAUCUUUUUUAUUGCCCUAGUGCAGCAGCCUGUCCAACAAAACCAGCAAUGGGACUUGUGAGCUACAAGAUAAGUAGAGACAUUCAAGCUCCGGAGGAUACAUCUUUCAAAAGCGGGUACUCUUUGUCUUUUCGUGCUGGAGACUUUACUUCUCGCAGUCCAACGAGCCAUCUGAAUCAUACCACUGCUUUGCAACAAUCUGACUUUCACCCAACACCUGAACUCCCAAACCAUGUGGCCAAGCAGGUAGACAGGAGUGAAUUUCAUACAGAUUCCCUUAAAAUACAAGAUCAAGAACAUCCCGAGAGCUUAGCCUCCAUCCCGAGGCUGAAAGUCAAUAACUUGCUGCCUCCAAAAGCAUCCUUCGCUGCUGGAAAUGGGAAUCCCUCAGCUUCAGUCCCCAUGACUCAGCCCAGUGUCCCUGAAGCCGGCGAUGCCACCGCGGCUCCUCUGCCUACAGGUGUCCCCAGGCUGCCAUCCAGCACGAGGUCUCUGCCAACCGCUGCUAAACCUGCUGCUCCCACCACCACCACCACCACAGUGGCCUUUCUGCCUAGCGCCGAACCUGGCAGCCCAGCUGCCCGCACUGCUGCUGCUCGUGUCCCUCUCUCAAGCUCCAGGACUACCACCACUACAGCCAAGUGGGUGACCACAAACAGCAGCGCCAGGCCAAGUAGGAGAGGGCCGGACACUCCUUGGACACCAGCAGCUGUCUCCUCCAGUGACACCAACCAUGUCACCCUCCUCUCUUCAGAUCUCACUCUGCCUAGUAAUGAGUCCCUUGGGGCUUUCCAAAACACGCCUCAGGGUUUUGAGCCGUCUGAUUCACGAAGCUACUUCCUGGAGGGCCUUCUGAGGCGGGAGAAUGUCAUUCGCCUGGGAGAAAAAAGUGGUCUUGUAGCGGCUUUAUUUUUGGGGCUGAUAUUCCUGUUAUUAGUUAUUGCACUGACAGGGAAGAAGGUCCAUGAAUCGCUUCAUAAGAGACGUUACACGAGGCUGGAUUACUUGAUCAAUGGAAUGUAUGCGGAUGUGUGAUGGGAAGGGGAGAGGGAAAUGAUCAGUUAAGAGCAAACCUUAUUGUUGCUGAGAGGUCUGCU